AUGAAACCUUCCAAAAUCUAUGCUCUCAUCGAUUACGAGGAUGAAUACGUCCAGCCUCUGCUUCUCAAAGCACUCCAGUCAAGAAUACCUCCGGAAUUGCUGGUCUUGAUCAAAGACGCAUCCGAGUUACCCUCACCGGAGAGCAAAUUCCUGCAAUGGAGGCAAUACGAAAGUAUAGACUUCGACCGCCUCAUGGAAUCGUCGACUUCCGUUCUGGCCAAUAGUUAUGUCAUCCGUAAGGCUCUGAUCAGAAAGCACUAUCUCUCGACCACCGUCUCGCACUGGCUCACCAAGCAUCCUGAGAGCGUGCUAAAGGACCAUGUGAAGCCCAGCGUGGAGUUCGAGGUCGACUACGCUGAAUUCCUCGAUGAUGCUCUGGUUGAAGCAUAUGAGCUCAAGGAAAGCUGGGCGAGAAAUGAGGUCUUGGGAGAAGACGGCGAGAGCAAAGAAUGGUGGAUCCUGAAACCGGGCAUGAGCGAUCGUGGCCAAGGUAUCCGUCUUUUCAGCUCCGAAGAGGAGCUUCAGGCCAUUUUCCAGGAGUGGGACCCGCCCUCGGAUGACGAAGACGAAGAUGCUGCUUCGCACCACGGCGGUUCCGAGGAGCAGAAUGGAACUGGCAACGGCGUGAUGGCUUCUCAGCUGAGACAUUUCAUUGCACAGCCAUACGUGCAUCCGCCCCUGAUACUGCCUCCUCCGCAUCCCUCAGCUGGUCGCAAGUUCCAUAUCCGAACGUAUGUGCUCGCAGUGGGCGCGCUGGAGGUGUAUGUGUACAAGCCAAUGCUUGCUCUCUUCGCUGGCAAGCCUUAUGUCGGGCCAUCUGAGGAAGGCGCACCGAAGGCAGAUCUUUCCAGCCAUCUUACAAAUACAUGUCUGCAAAGCGGCGAGAGGGAAGGCAGCGUGCACUCUUUUUGGCAAUUGCCUGCAGCAGGUCCGGAGAGCACCCGCGAAGACUGGAAAGAAGAUGUCUUCGGCCAAAUCUGCUCGAUCACGGGCGAAGUCUUCGAAGCGGCAGCAAGGAGCAUGAGCGUACAUUUCCAGCCACUUCCGAACGCCUUUGAAGUGUUCGGCUUGGACUUCAUGGUUGACGCCAAGGGCAAGACGUGGCUGCUGGAAGUCAAUGCCUUUCCGGAUUUUGCUCAGACUGGCGGAGAGCUCCGGAGCCUCAUCCAAGGGCUGUUCGAAGAGACAGUCGACGUCGGCAUCAGUCCGUUCUUCGGCAUCGAGCACACGACUGCAGCCCAAGGCAGAGGAGAUAUGACGCAGGUAUUGAAGAUUGAUCUCGGGAGACGGUAA